AUGUUCGAGCAGUUAUCUCUCUCCUUGGAUUUUGCUCUAUGGAGGGACUUUAAAUGGAUUUUUGUAAUUGCGGACCUACCCUAUCCUAUUCUUGGGGCAGAUUUCCUCCACUGCUUCUCACUGUUGGUGGACGUUUGCCAACAGCAUUUGUUGGAUAGCUCAAUGCAGUUAUCGGUUCCUGGUUGUCCAGCAUUCACUCCUGUUGUAAGCCCGGUAUCUUUUAGUGCUGUAUCCGAUGAUACAUACCAUUCUCUUCUCAACUCAUUCCCAGAUUUUACUGAUUUAACCUUCAACGUCGUUGAUCCUGUACAUUCAAUGGGACAUUUUAUCGACACCAAUGGUCCACCAGUGUUUACUUGUCCUCACUGUCUUUCUCCUGAUAAACUCAAGGCUGUAAAAGCAGAAUUCGAUUACAUGCUCCAGCUGCAACUUAUUCAUCCUUCUACUAGCCCCUGGUUUUCCCCUCUCCAUUUAGUCCCCAAAGGAAAGACUGACAUCCACCCAGUUGGUGAUUAUUGA